GCCCCGGGACCGGGGCUGAGCGGCGGGGAAGGGCGGCGGGCAGCGGCUCUCCCGGGGCCCCGAGGAGCUCCCCCUGGCCGCACGGAGCGGCAGCGGGGCCCCGCGGGCGGAGCCGGCAGCAGGGUGCGGUGAGGAUGCAUAUGUGAAAGAUCAUGUCAAAUCAUUGAGGCUGGGAAUGGAGCGCACACUUUGGAUGUCAGCAGUGGGACAUUUUACCAGAACAAAGCAUCCCUGGGACCACUGUCUAAUCAAUGGCUUCUAAGUGCAGGAGCUGUUAGCCUGGAAACAAGCCCUACAAGAUGCCAAGUGAGGUGCUCGAGAGCAGCAGUGGGAUGGAGGAGACGGUGCAGAAAGAGAGCAAGUCCGGGACCCACAGCCCUCGCCACAGCUCUGCAAGGAAGGCGGUGGCAACCACGGUCACCUUUGAUGGGGAGGCCACUAUGGACCGGAGGAAAAAGAAGAAGAAAGAGUCCCGUCCCGAGUCAGUAAUAGUGUAUCGGUCGGAGAAUGAGAAUAAGGUGGAAGAGGAGCAGGCAGAUGAAGAAGGAGGGGAGAGGAACUCUGAGGAAGGCUCAAAGUUUCUGGGUCAGUCCACGACAGAUGGUGUCUGGAACAUGCCUUUAGACAGCCGAUACGUCACCUUGACUGGAACAAUCACCAGAGGAAAGAAGAAGGGUCAGAUGGUGGACAUCCAUGUCACACUAACAGACAAAGAGCUGCAGGAACUGACGAAGUCAAAGGAACCUCCUAAAGAAGACGUACUUGAGAAGAAAAAGAAAUGUGAUGUUGGGCUCGACAGGGGACCCCACAUCGUCCUCUGGACCAUCAUCUGCCUCCCCGUUAUUUUUGUGGUGUCCUUUGUGGUUUCAUUCUACUAUGGAACCAUUACAUGGUACAACAUUUUCUUGGUAUACAACGAAGAGAGGACCUUCUGGCACAAAAUCACCUUCUGCCCCUUUUUGAUCAUCUUCUACCCAAUUAUAAUCAUGGUUGUGUCUUUUUCCCUAGGCCUGUACUCGGCUGUGACCCAGGUAUCAUGGUCCUUUGGGGACUGGUGGCAUGCUGUCAGGGAUAUGGAGAAGGGCUUCUGUGGCUGGCUCUGCAGCAAGCUGGGUUUGGAAGAUUGUUCUCCGUACAGCAUUGUUGAGCUGCUAGAUUCUGAUAAUAUCUCAGGUAGUCUCUCUGGCAAGAGCUCUGCGCAGGGUGUUGAGACUUCAGCAGUCUGAGCCUUUGUCCUGACUGACUAUUUUGGUCAUACGUGAGUGGUUUUCACCUAGAAAAUAAGACACUGAUUUUAUAUAUAUAUAUAUAUAUAUAUAAACACAAAUAAAAUGUCAGGCUGGGAGUACUCUUUAAAUGUCACAGAAUGCAAGUGCGCUAGCUUCACGUGGUGUUUGUGGGGAGGUGCAUGGCUCUCCAGUGAUUUGUCAUCUGUUUUAGCUAGUUACAACUUUGGGGAAUAGUGAGAAAACCCAGGUCUGUGGGGCUCAGGCUGUUUUGCAGGUGACAGAGGUAUAUGCUGAAAAGACUACUUCUGUAAAGUUAGACUUCACUUUUUGGGAAUAGGACAUAACAGAGACCUGUCAACCCAGCGAAAAAAAGUCUAUGUGCAGGGGAUGAACUUCAGGAGGUCGGAAACUCAUUCAUAAGGGAAGGAUAAAUUGCAAGAUUUGUGAUGUUCCUGCAGUUGUCCUAGAAAGGAUCCUUUUUCAGUUCUUCCAAAAAAAAUGCAAAAAACCUUUCAGGUGUGCUAACUGCCGAGAAACUGUCAGUUUGAAAAACGAGUGCACCCCAGUAGUUGUGCCCGGCCUUCCAGUGGAAGAGGACAGCACAGCCUCUGACAAAGGCAGAUCUGUGCUGACCUGAGACGCAUCCCACACGUGACUUGCUCAGCAAAGCCGCGCGUAGGCGCUGCACAUCACCAGGUGACUGUAGGUGCACGCACGUCCUUGAGACCUUCGAUCUCUUGCUGGCUGCACUCCUACGAGGGAAUGGGCUACAGGAGUCUUACGCAAGAGAACGGCUGGGAGUGCGAAGCGCAAACAGUUGCAGUGCUGGGAAGAAACACCUGCUGUGAGGCAGGGCGAUCAUUUCGGGUGUCACCGCAAUGUAUGUGUGGUCUGGUGGCACCUCAGUUUAGGAAGGUGGCGUUGAAGAUGCUUGAGAUGGGAAAGUCUCACUGAAGUGGUCAUUCCAGCUUUCAAGUUGCUGUUACGGAGGAGAUGCUGAACCAUCCCAUGCAGAAUGGGGCGUCCUUGAGCCUGAACCUCUUAGCACCAGUGCAAAGUGCAUCAGUGCCUCCGCUCCAGAAAUCUGCUCCACCACCCCCUGCCUCCUGCAGGAGGAGCAGGAAGAGCAUGGAAGAGCGACAGAUUGUGCAUCCCCUUCCCAUCAUAUCUUAUUUUCGUAACUGACUUCCCUCCUUUUGGGGCUUUGCAUGGCAUCUUAGUGGACUCCCAGGCCAGGCUGAGGUGGCCACCAUAGGCCAGAGAAAUUUUAAUUGUCUUUUUAGAAAAAUCACAAGCAGAAAAGUUUUUUGUCGGGAUUGGAACGUGGUUGUUGAGGUCUCGGCCUAAGGAGAGCACAAAGAAAGUGAAGGAGAGGUUUAAAGGGCUGUAAUGGGGACUGAGUUACAAACGUCUGCAACAUCACUAAUUUCCUGAGUGCUCUGGUUCAGCUGGUGCUGCUAGAAAGUCUGGCUCAGCCCCAGCCCAGAAGGGCCCACCAUUUGCAUGCGUGUAGGUAGCUAGUUCAUAGUAUGCCCUAAUGUCUGUAUUGGGGUUUCACUCCCCUGCCUCCCUGACAGAAGGGGAGCUGCUCUGGUUUUAGGGUCUCAAAGAGAAGCAUUUAGAAACUGGAUUUCACAGGAGCUAAUGCUUCAUAUUGCGUUUCAAGGACGAUCUCAAGGCUACACUAAAUGGCCAUCCCGAUUAGGACAUUUGGGAGCCUGCGAUGGAUGAAGAAGUCCAUUGGAUGCUCUGAGCCUGACACUGAGAAUAAGUGAAGUUCCUGCUGCAUCCUUGGUCCAUCCCCUUCUGAGAUGUCCAGCCAAAGAAGCCUCUUAGCACUGGCUUGAGAAUUACCAGUGUGAGCAGUGUGUGAGCCAAAUAGAAAGAGCUGGCUUGGCCCCACAGUUUACCGACAAAGCACAGGUGUCCCUGUGCUCAGGUACAG